GGCUACUACCGGAAGUGCUGAAGCUGAAACGGAGCCUGAGUGGUCGGGAGCCAUCCUUCAGGCUUUGGAAGGUGCGGAAGUGAUCGCAUUUUCGCUGGUGCUACGGCUACCCUCUACAGCGCUCUGCACCCUUACUGGGGUGGGGUCCGACCUGCCUCGUUCUCAGGUCCUUUGGCUCCUGUCUCGGAAAGGCGGCCUCCUGUUAAGCGAUGCCCCCGUUCGGACUCCUGCCCAUGAGGGCCUGGGCUUCGCUGUUCAGCCAGGUCCUGCGGCCGUCCGGUCUUGUGUGCGUCAGGGAGGUCCAUUUUCAGAGCCAGGUUUCAGAGGCAGUGUUAACAUCCCAACUGAAACCACAUCAAGAGAAAUCAAAUUUUAUUAUCAAGACACCAAAGGGCACCAGAGAUCUUAGUCCCCAGCAGAUGGUUGUGAGGGAGAAAAUUCUUGAUAUGGUUGUUGGCUGCUUUAAACGUCAUGGAGCAAAGAGAUUAGAUACUCCAGCAUUUGAGCUUAAGGAAAUGCUCACUGAGAAGUAUGGAGAAGACUCUGGGCUAAUCUAUGAUCUGAAGGAUCAAGGUGGAGAGCUAUUGUCCCUGCGCUAUGACCUUACUGUCCCUUUUGCUCGUUAUCUGGCCAUGUAUAAAGUGAAGAAGAUGAAACGCUACCAAGUUGGAAAGGUGUGGCGGCGAGAGAGCCCAACCAUAGUCCAAGGCCGCUACAGGGAGUUCUGCCAGUGUGAUUUUGACAUUGCUGGUCAGUUUGACCCUAUGAUCCCUGAUGCAGAGUGUUUGAAGAUCAUGUGUGAAAUCCUAAGUGGGUUGCAGCUCGGGGACUUUCUCAUUAAGGUCAAUGAUCGGCGGAUUUUGGAUGGGAUGUUGGCUGUCUGUGGUGUUCCUGAAAGCAAGUUCCAUGCCAUCUGCUCCUCAAUAGACAAACUAGGCAAGAUAUCUUGGAAUGAUGUGAGACAUGAGAUGGUGGCAAAGAAAGGCCUGGCUCCUGAAGUGGCUGAUAGAAUUGGUGACUAUGUCCAAUGUCAUGGUGGGGUGUCCUUGGUAGAGGAAAUGUUCCAGGAUUCUAGACUAUCCCAGAACAAGCAGGCCCUAGAGGGCUUGGGGGACUUGAAGCUGCUAUUUGAAUACCUGACUUUAUUUGGAAUUGCUGAGAAGAUCUCUUUUGACCUAAGCCUAGCUCGGGGACUGGACUACUAUACUGGAGUGAUCUAUGAAGCAGUGCUACUACAGACCCCAGCUCAGGCAGAGGAGUCCUUCAAUGUGGGCAGUGUGGCUGCUGGUGGACGCUAUGAUGGGUUGGUGGGCAUGUUUGGCCCCAGGGGCCACAAGGUGCCAUGUGUGGGGCUCAGUAUUGGGGUGGAGCGAAUCUUCGCCAUUGUGGAACAGAGGAUGAAGACUUCUGGUCAGAAGAUACGGACCACAGAGACCCAAGUGUUUGUGGCCACACCACAGAAGAACUUUCUUCAUGAACGGUUGAAGUUAAUUUCAGAGCUUUGGGAUGCUGGGAUCAAGGCAGAGCUGCUGUAUAAGAACAACCCUAAACUACUAACUCAACUGCACUACUGUGAGCAAAUGGGCAUUCCACUGGUGGUCAUUAUUGGUGAGCAAGAACUGAAAGAAGGGGUAAUCAAACUUCGUUCAGUGGCCAGCAGGGAGGAGGUGGCCAUUAAACGAGAAAAUCUCGUGGCUGAAAUUCAGAAGACACUAUCUGAGUCUUGAUUCUUGCCUGCUUACCAUCUGCUGCUCUUUCUAGAGGAUGUUUCUUCUAGGACUGAGUUCCCGACGGAAUUCACAACUGCUGGCCAGGAUGGGUGACAAGUUCCUCGGCCUCCUCCAUCCUUUCUGGGUACAGAACUGUAGGAGGCCCUGAGGACUCCUGGGCUAGUGUGAGCAGCUAUUCUGCGUGGAUGCAGAUGGCUGGUAUGUGAAAGAGACAUGCUCUAACUGCAGAGACAGAUGGCAGAUUUGAAGUGCCAUUGAAUGCUGCCAAGAGGUGCGGAGAUGGUUGCUUUGAGCAAGGCUCUAGGAAAGUUGCCUCAGGCUGAGACCACUGAGAUCAGACAGAUACUUGACCUUCCACUAUGGCUUCUGAACCAGAUUUUGGGAAAUUUGUCCACAGCCUGCCCUUAGCUUGUCCAGGGAGUUUUGGGAGACAGCAAGGAAGGGGCAAAUGGCUGCUUUCUCCUUUGUUUGAGGACAAAUAUGCUAUCCUAAGGGCAUAGCAGUGCUCAUUUUGAUGUGGCAUCUCUCUAGUCCGUUCACUGUUAAUAGAGUGAGGCUGUCUGUUUAGUAAUCUUGAAUGUUGAAUUUAAUAGGUGACUGAUAAAAUGGUAUAAUCUUUUGAGAUUUUGGAGACCAUUUCUUGUGCCAGAAUUACUGCUUGACUAUGUUCCAUGUUCUCCUAGGGAGGUGGCUGUUCUAGAAGUGAUUGGAUAAUAUAUUAAAUAAAAUAUUUAAUAUAGU